AACGAUAUUUCUUUUUAUGUUGUUUUUUUUUUCGUUUUUCUUCACCGCCGCGACGAAUGACGGCGUCGACGGCUGAGGGGAGUGGAGACAUAGAGAAAAAGCCGAAGGCGCCGCGGCACGGGCAGGGCUCGUGCGAAUUCAAGACAAAUUGAAAUCGGUUCGAGUCGCUGUAACAGCCAGCAGUCGCCUCGCCGACCUCGAAAUGGACGCACGGUGCGUAUUCGGGCUCUUCCUCGAGAAGGAAAAAUGAAAAUUGAUAUGCGUCUUGACGUAUAUUUGUGCUGAUACUGCGUAAGCCUCUCAUUGUAUCCCCACACAUUUUGUAACGAGCUGUCGACGCGUUCACUUGUUCCGCUCCGCGAGGCUCUGUGACGAGCAGCUGCAGCUCCAGUGCGACUGUUUUUUUUUUCACAUACUUUUCGCGAGUGUCGUGCCCACCGAGAUAGAAUGCUUACUGAAAUUCAAACUUUGCGUAGAAUCAGCAUCCCUUGGACUGUCGGAGAGGAUAUAAAAAAUGAUAGGCAGCAGCAUCCCGCAGACUACGAAAAAGCGAUCGCUGAGACUGGUUAUGGACUUUUCAACGUUUUAAUGCUUUUGGCUGCCGUACCUGUUGCUUGGACAUGCGUGUUAGAUACAACUGUAACGACUUUUUUCAUACAGUCAACCGAGUGCGACUUCGAAUUAACGUUAUUUCGGAGAGGCAUUGCCGUUGGCGUAGUGUACAUAGGAAUGGUGAUAGCUGGACCAUUAUGGGACUUUGUUUUUCAAGACGUUAUUAUAAGCUGCUACGGAAAACGCAAUGUGAUGAUUAUGGGCUUGAUACUCGAUUCCGUUUGUAACAUACUUUGGGCACACGCAACUACGUAUUACACAUUUAUUCUAUUUAAAUUCCUCAACGGAAUCUUAAUCGCUGGUCCAUUAUCUGUGCUAAUGCCUUAUCUCUCCGAAUUUCAUGCACCGACGUAUCAACCAACUUUCGCCAAAUGGGCCGGUGUGCUUUUUUCGAUUUCCAAUAUUCUCCCACCAGCGAUAUCUUCUUUACUGAUACUGCACACCUCUUGGUUUAAUUUGACAAUUUUUAACCGCUUCUAUGCGACUUGGCGCAUUUACAUGCUUAUAUGCACGAUACCGCCAGCGGUGGGCAUUCUAACCGUAUGCUUGAUGCCAAAGAGCCCCAAGUUUCUUCUAACGAAAGGAGAGCAUCACGAAGCCCUGCGGGUAUUCAAAAUGAUGUACAGCAUGAAUAAGUUCGAAUCGCCGGACUCAUUUAAGAUUUCAACGCUCGUUCAUCAGCAGAAGACUAGCCGCAGCAUUAGAAAGCUGUGCACCGACAGAAUAGAAAGCAGCAUCUCGAAUCUGCGAAUAGCGCUGUCGAAACCUUAUCAGAAAUCAUUUCUGAUCAUUUUACUCCUGCAAUUUUCAAGUAUGGUUGGAUUCAAUACGAUGAGAUUGUGGGUGCCGCAAUUUUUCAUAACGCUAAAUAAUUUUCACUCGAUAAACCGACCCUCGUAUCCUCCCGGCGAAGCUAUAACUAUGUGCGAAAUGCUGUUUCCUCGCAUAGAGAACAUAGAUUAUGCAUCCUGUGCUUAUACCGCGGCUCAAAUCGAAUCAGCGGUAUAUUUCAAUUCGAUGAUCAUUGCAUCAGCGACAAUACUUUUUAGCUCUAUUUUUACUUUCGCGGCAAACACGCGCUUGCGAAAAGUUUCGGCUAUAAUUUUCUCCUUUCUCUUUCCGACGGUUGGAAGCGUGGUAGCUAAUUGGGCAAUAGAAAUACCUUGGAUGCUUAUAUUCCUGUCAUCGAUCAUAGUGACAAUGAAGAUAGCUGCAAACAUCAUUGCGACAUACGUUGCUGAUGUGACACCGACGAUGAUAAGGCCCACUGUGAACCAUAGUUUGAAUUUUGUUGGGCACAUUGGCGCGGCAUUAGGUCCAAUACUUUUUUCUGUGGUCCUUGGUGCAAGCUGUCUGACUGCAUUUAUGGAAAUUGGAUGUUUAUCGUUUGUUUGCUACAUUUUAGCUUUCUUUUUAAUCAAGAAACCGCCUGAAAAUGAUAAAGUGAAAAUCGAAAGGUUCUAAACGAGUAAAUUUUGACGGAUUUGCAUUACUACACGAAAUAAUGUCGAUUUGGUAAAAAAAAGUAACUUUUUUUUACAUAAAAUUACGGGAAAAGGUAUUUUUGUGACAAAAUAUUGUGAAUCUUGGUAUGUAAAUAGGGAAAAAUAAUUUAAGAAUUGUCAAUAGAGCUAACCUAUAUUCAUUGUCAAGCAUCAAAGAUAAGGAUAGGAAAAGAUCGCAUCAAACUUGAUUGUUAUCAAGCUGCGCCUAGGAAACACGAGUGACGGCAGACAAAGAUGUUAAGAUUUAAAUGCUUGCUAUUGAAGUAAGAAAGCAAAUGAUUUAUGUCUCUGAAUGAUCGGAUAACAUUCCGAAGAUAUAUAACAAUUGAAAGUUUGUCGAUUUAAAGGGUGAGUUGACAGUGUGACCCCAAAAACAGUCACUAUUAACGAAAGAUUUUAUAAACAACAAAAACCAUCUUUCAUAUAGCCAUUUGUGUAUAUUCACUUGCAUCAUUGUAAUUAAUAACCCAUUUACACUUGUACAAGUCGUACCAUUAAGAUUUAUUAGCGCUAGAGAAAUCUAUCAUUUUCUAAGAUUUCAUAUGUUUAUACAUCUAUUACCUUAUAUAUAUACAAAUAAUCAUAUGAUAUUGUUAGUAUCAAUGAAAUCAUUUGUUAAAAACAAGCAGAAUACUCGCAUAAUAAUGACAAACAGAUGUGAAGCAUUAAAGCCUCUUGGUUCUCUGAAACGUGGCAAAAUUUAAUUUCGCAAACAUCCCUCUUUAAAGAUCGCUCAGCAAGGCGCUCAUAUCGUAUUUCCGUAUGGGCUUCUUGCCUCGUGGGCGCGCGAGGUACCGGAGGAAAUCCGCACACGCGGCGGCACACGUGCGUCACACGUGUUGUUAUAUACGUAACAAACAACCGUCAAAUGUCUUCGCCGCGUGGCGAACUCACCGCCUGGAGCUAUGAGGUACCGUUUCUGUGAUCAUCGUCGACACGAUUGCGCCGCUUAGGGAAAAAUCUAGAAAAACGCCGAGAGAGCGACGCAGCGGGGAGAGGACGAGAGAGAGAGAGCCGCGCGAGAGUGAAAUUCUGUGAAACAGCUGUUCCAGCUUAUACGCACACUUCACCUGCUCGUUUAUUUGAUACUUUGGGAUGCCGCGUGUGCGCGCGCAAUUGCGCUUGUUUAAUUUGUCAACGACUGCUGAAAAAGAAAAGAAAAAGACGGUACUUAAGUUGAAAACCUACCAACGCUUAAUUUAUAAAUGUAAAUUCUGCUAAUGGCAAUACGAUUUUCGAUAAACUUAUUUUUAAUGUUUUAUCUAACGGAUCCACAUUC